AUGAUAAGUUUAAUUUAUGAAUAUUUUUUCGAUUCUUUAGAACGAGAAAUAACAUUAAACUAUGGAUCAAUCAAGAAUUAUUAUUCCAUUUUAGAUCAUAUCAGACAAUUAAAAUCGUUAGCUACGUCUCCCUUUACAAGUAUUUUUAACCAAGAAUACAAAGUAAGGGAACCUUUUGAAACUACGAUCGAUUUUUUGAAUGGUGGUAUUCAAAGAGAAGUGGAGGCCAUCAAGAAAUUAAAUAAAAUGAAAAAACUAUUUAAUUUGUUGGCGUUUUGUGGAAACUUAAAAGAGGUGGAGCCCGAAGAUGAUGGGGAAGAUCUAACUUUUGUGUACAGCGAUAGCGAUAUCAUCAAUUCCAUUGGUCAAUCAUCGACAGUCGAUGAAUUCAUUUCAAUCUACAAGAAUUCGAUCUUCUACUAUCAGAUCGAUUUGAGCGAUGGAAAGACAAUCGAGAGUGAACUUCAUGAAACUUUGAAAGAGUACCAAGAGCUUUGUAAAGAAAUCAAAGAGUACCGAGCUCAAAUGACAACCAUUGACCAAUUCCCAGAUAUCGAAAGCAUGAAAAACUUGGCCGAUUCAUGGGAGACCCAUUUCAGAGACUCCAUGAUGGUUCAGUUCCAUAAUGUUUUCAACUCUAGGGUUUCCACUGGAUUUUUAAUAUCGAUAAUGUUUCUUCUGCCUCUUCCCCAUGUCAUCACCUCUCAGUGUCAUUUUGCGACUAUAGUUUUAUUUUGGUCAGAGAUAACAGGAAAUAAUAAUAAUAAUAAUAAUAAUUCAACAGUAAUUAGAUGUAGAGAGCACCAAAGGGAUUUCGAGAUUUGUCGUGAUUCACAAACAAUGAAUAAACUAUUAUCUUUAUUCUGUUUAAUUGUUUUAAUCAAGGUAGCUUUUGCUACCUAUGGUGUUGAUCUUUCACAAGGUGGUGAUAGUUCAGGUUUCAGUUGUUUAGUUGGAGAAGGUUUCACCUUUGCAAUUGUUAGAUGUUAUAUGUCAACUGGUGAGCCAGAUCCAAAUUGUGCAUCAUCUGUACAAGCUGCUUGGGCAGGUGGAAUGACCUCAGUCGAUGUCUAUUUAUUCCCAUGUUUCAGUUGUGGUAAUCCACAAGGUCAAGCUCAAAGUCUUGUUCAAUAUACCCAAAGCAACGGUGUCAAAUUCGGUACAGUUUGGUUAGAUAUCGAAGGUCCAGGUACCUAUUGGGGUGGUGACCAAGGUGCCAACCAACAAUUCUUUGAAGGUUUGAUUCAAGGUUUACAAGGUGAAGGUGUUAAUAUUGGUGUUUACACCUCAGAAUCUCAAUGGUCACCAAUUAUGAGUGAUGGAUACACUGGUGGUGCUGACUAUCCAUUAUGGUAUGCUGACUAUGACGGCAAUCCUUCUUUCUCUGAUUUCUCACCAUUCGGUGGUUGGUCAAGUCCAUCAAUGAAACAAUUUGCUUCACCAUCAGCUUCAGUUUGUGGUAUUGGUAUCGAUGAAAACUGGUUCCCAGGUGGAGCAUCAUCAGCAACUCCAGUCACCUCUGGUUCAGGUUCAGGUUCAGGUUCCGGAUCAGGUUCCGGUUCAACAUCCAGUGGUUCAGGAAGUGGAACUAGUUCAGGUAGUGGUAGUGGUAGUUCAGGAAGUGGUAGCAGCUCAGGAAGUGGUAGCAGUUCAGGAAGUAGUGGUAGCAGCUCAGGUAGCAGUUCAGGAAGUGGUAGCAGCUCAGGUAGCACUUCAGGAAGUGGUAGCAGUUCAGGAAGCGGUAGUAGUUCAGGAAGUGGUUCAGGAAGCAGUUCUGGUAGCGGUAGCGGUACUACAACCUCAGAAUUUAGAACACGUAAACUCUAA